AUGGGCUCCGCAGCCAGCCUCGCAAAGACACUCUUCAUCCCCGCCGUAAUCUCUUUGGCUCUCUACGUCCUGAUUUCCUUCGUUAUCGUCCCCUUCUUUCGGCGCUACCACCAACGAUACUCGCAAUACCUUCCACUCGAGACCAUCACAGCACAUACAUCCUCGCUCUGGGAGCGGAUCGCCGACGCCGUUAUGCGCCGGUUCCUCCCCUCAUCCUGGCAUCAACAAGCUCACAUUACGGAUGCACAGGACAACAUCAGUAUCCUAGAUGAGGAAGGGGAGAUUAUGGUUGGGAUGCACAUGGACUCGGCGCAUCGAGAGGCGCUGGAGCGGCGGCGGUCCACAAUUGCUGAGGAUGAGGGGAGGCUUAGUCGGGAACUCGAGGAGGGGUUUAUGGAUGAUAGUGACGAUGAGACGAGGCGAGAUAAUUGGAGGGGAGGAUCAGGUCGUCAUUGA